CCGCCCCUGAGGCCGCGCGGGCGCAUUGGCUGCACCAGGCGCGGGCGCUCUGUAGCACUUUGAACCGGGUGUCAGGCGGCUGGAACCGUAGUUGUGGUGCUGACCCGAGCCGGGCCAGGUCGCUGCUGCUCUGGCCAUGGCCGAAGCACGCACAUCCCGCUGGUACUUUGGAGGACUGGCUUCCUGCGGAGCCGCCUGCUGCACGCACCCGCUAGACCUGCUCAAGGUGCAUCUCCAGACCCAGCAGGAGGUGAAGCUGCGCAUGACCGGGAUGGCUCUGCAGGUGGUGCGCACGGACGGCUUCCUGGCACUCUACAAUGGCCUGAGUGCCUCACUGUGUAGGCAGAUGACCUACUCCCUGACUCGGUUCGCUAUCUACGAGACCAUGCGGGACUACAUGACCAAGGACAGCCAGGGGCCUCUCCCCUUCUACAACAAGGUGUUGCUGGGCGGCAUCAGUGGUCUAACUGGAGGCUUCGUGGGGACCCCAGCAGAUUUGGUCAAUGUCAGGAUGCAGAAUGACAUGAAGCUGCCCCCGAGCCAGCGACGCAACUACUCUCAUGCCCUGGAUGGUCUGUACCGCGUGGCCCGUGAAGAAGGCCUCAAGAAGCUCUUCUCAGGGGCGACCAUGGCGUCCAGCCGCGGGGCUCUCGUCACUGUGGGCCAGCUGUCCUGCUACGACCAGGCCAAGCAGCUGGUCCUCAGCACUGGGUACCUGUCUGACAACAUUUUCACUCACUUUGUCUCCAGCUUCAUUGCAGGCGGGUGUGCCACGUUCCUGUGCCAGCCCUUGGAUGUGCUAAAGACCCGCUUGAUGAACUCUAAGGGCGAAUAUCAGGGAGUUUUCCACUGUGCGAUGGAGACCGCCAAGCUUGGACCACAGGCCUUUUACAAGGGCCUCUUUCCUGCUGGCAUCCGUCUCAUCCCCCACACCGUGCUCACCUUCAUGUUCCUGGAGCAGCUCCGGAAGCACUUUGGCAUCAGCGUGCCAACCUGACCCCACCAGGGGCACCUGGGCCAAGCUCGGUCACAGUGCUGAGCUCCCUGGGA